CUAACCUCUCAUGCCAUAUAAUUAGAACUCCCAAACUAUUCACUUUCCCUUCAAAAGAACCAACACCAAACUCAACCUAAAAACACACAUUUCCAUUCUUCAGGAGAUACUUUCUUUCACCUGCAGUAAGCAUAAAAGCAAUGGCAACUAACUGCAUAACUGCAUCAUCCAUUUACUUUCUUCUCCUUAUAGCUGCUCUGACCUCAGCAACAGACACUUCCAAAAGCCAUGAACUUGAUGUUGCCAUUGAUGAGAUGACAACAGCUAACUAUUUCACCUUUGUCACUCUCAUUAACAUGUCUCCUCUUGAUCAUAGAAUUCAAGGGAAUAUCACUUUCUUGAUGCCCAAUGAUCGGAUCUUGUCGAAAUCAAGAAUCCCCCAGAAAUCUCUCGCUGAUUUUCUACUUCACCACUCUAUACCUUCCCCUUUGCUUUUUGAUCAUCUGCAACAUAUCCCAUCAGGUUCUACGAUUCCAAGCUCUGACCCUGACUACAUGCUUGACAUCACCAACAAGGGGAGAAGGAAUUUCUUUCUCAACGAUGUUAGAAUCAUCAGUCCAAAUAUAUGCACUGCAGGCUCUUCCAUUCGAUGCCAUGGCAUUGAUGGGGUGUUAGCUGCCACUAGGAAGAAAACGUUACCAAGUUGUCCUAAUACUACCACUCCGGUGGUUGUGGCCUUACCACCGGCCACAGCGUUGCCGCCGGCUCCAUCUCCGGUGGGUGACAGUGAUCAGAUGAUUAUGGGUGCUCCACAGCCUGUGCAGCAUGCUGGUCCAAGAAAAUCAUCUGGGUCUUGCAUGUCUGAUGAAAUGCUAUUCAAAUUCUUGGUGAUCAUUACCGUUUCCAUUUCAGUACUGGGUUUCAACACAUUGUUUUGAACAAGGAAAGCUGGUAACUAAUGAAUUGGAUUGGUUAUAUAUAAGUUUUUGAAAAGUAAUUGUAUAAUAGUGAUGAAAUUGUUGGGAUAGUAUUUUCUUGUUAAAACGGGAGGCAUAAUAUAUAUAUAUACUAAGAAUAUCUGUCUGAUGUUGCCAGUUAGAACAGAGGAAAUCCAAUAGAAUCCUGACUGUAUUAAUCUA